AUGGAUUGGAGAAGGAGGAUCUUUCUUUUGGUGGAGAUUUUUCUUCUCGCGGGGCUUUCGCGAUCGACCCCGACGACGCUGGAGGGCCCGUUCAAGCCAGUCACGAUCCCAUUCGACAGCUCCCUGCGGCGAGGAAGCCAGGAUUUGCCCACCGAUGAUCCGCGGCUCCAGCGGACGAGGCCCCACGGAUUUCCCGAGCAGAUCAAGCUCGCGCUCUCGCAUCAUGGAUCGAUGUGGGUGUCGUGGGUCUCCGGGGACUAUCAAAUCGGGGACAACGUCGUCCCCCUCGAUCCUUCCACCACUAAGAGCUUUGUCCUGUAUGGGACUUCCACUCACAACUACGAUUUCCUGGCGGAGGGAUCGGUGGUGGUCUACAGCCAGCUCUAUCCAUUCGUGGGCCUUCUCAAUUACACCUCGGGAUUCAAUCACCACGUCCUCCUCGACGGAUUGAAGGCAUCGACGACGUACUACUACCGAUGCGGCAGCUCGCUGGAGCGAUUGAGCGAGGAGCUCUCAUUCACGACGCUGGACGAUCGCGGCUAUCCCGCGAGGAUCGCCGUCGUGGGCGAUCUGGGACUCACUUACAACUCGAGCGCCACGGUUGAUCACGUCAUCCGGAACGAUCCCUCGCUCCUCCUCAUGGUGGGCGAUCUCACAUACUCGGAUCAAUACAUCACCAAUGGCACUGGAUCGCUCUGCUUCAGCUGCGCAUUUCCAGACGCGCCAAUCCGGGAGACUUAUCAGCCUCACUGGGAUCACUGGGGGAGAUUCAUGGAACCGCUCACGGCCAAGGUGCCCAUGAUGGUGAUCGAGGGCAACCACGAGAUCGAGCCCCAGGCAUUGGGCAAAACAUUCGAAUCAUACAAGGCCAGAUUCUCGGUGCCUCCUGGAUCGAAUUCCAGCCUUUAUUACUCGUUCGAUGUCGGCGGCAUCCACUUCCUGAUGCUGGGAGGAUACAUUGACUACAACAGAACAGGGGCUCAGUUCGCGUGGCUCAAGGAUGAUUUGCAGCGCGUCAACAGGCUCCUCACGCCCUGGAUCGUGGCGGCGUGGCAUCCGCCGUGGUACAAUAGCUACGGCUCCCACUACCGCGAGGUCGAGUGCAUGCGUCUCGAAAUGGAGGAGCUUCUCUACAAUGCCGGCGUCGACAUUGUCAUCAAUGGCCAUGUCCAUGCCUAUGAGAGGACGAACAGAGUCUACAAUUACGAGCUGGACCCGUGCGCUCCGCUCUACAUCGUGGUGGGCGAUGGCGGCAAUAUAGAGAGAGUGGACACGGAGCACGCCGACGAUCCGGGGAGGUGCCCCAAGCCUGAGGACAACGUCCCCCAAUUCGGUGGAGUUUGUGCUCAAAACUUCAGCACUGGACCAGCGGCGAAUCAAUUCUGCUGGGGCAGGCAGCCGGAUUGGAGCGCGCUGCGAGAUGGAAGCUUUGGUCACGGCGUCUUGGAGGUGAAGAACAAUACCCAUGCCCUGUGGACGUGGUACCGCAACCAAGACGUGUAUGGUGAUAGUCACCUUGGAGACCAGAUCUACAUUGUGAAAUCACCGCAGUGCCGGAACUAUCCCGCUUUCCAAGCUGACGAAAGAUCGGGUGGAAACAGUGGAAGUCUCUCCAGGAUCUUGGGAGCUCUAGCCAUUUUGCUUUUACUCUAGAAUUUUGAAAGUGCAAAAGUUAAUAAAAAUGAGCAGGAUGAAAAGAAUUCUCGCGAGUGAA